AUGGUUCAUAAAUUGAGGGCAAGUCUAAGAGGUGGGUAUGAGCUUGUUAAGCCUAAAGUAGUUGACUAUAAAGAUUUAAGGAGAUAUAUGAACAGGGCUGAUGAAAUGGAGAAGGCAUAUUAUUGUGAAUUUGGUGAUGUUAUCUCGUUUGAUGCGACUUUCCAAACAAAUAAGUAUCGAAUGGUUUUUGUUCCAUUUACUGCUAUUAACCAUCAUAAAAAAUCAGUUACUGUUGGAGCGGGGUUGCUAAGCAAUGAAAGCAUUGAUUCCUACUCUUGGUUGUUUAAAAUGUUUCUUAAAACUCAUGGGAAAGAAGCAACACUUGUUUUAACCGAUCAAGGUGCUGCAAUAAAACAAGCUAUUAAGGAUAUGUUUCCUAAUUCAAAAAACCGAUUAUAUAUGUGGCAUAUAAUGAAGAAGUUGAAAAACAAGAUAUUAGAUGAUUUUUUUACGAACACAAACUUUCGAAAAAGAUUCUCGAAGCUUGUUUGGGACAUGAAUAUGAAACCUGAUGUCUUUGAGGUGAAGUGGGGUUUACUUAUGAAGGAAUUCAAUCUUGAAGACACAAGAUGGUUUAAAGACAUGUUUACAAAAAGUGAUUCAUGGAUACUUGGAUAUUUUAACCAUAUUCCAAUGUGUGGGUUGAUGAAGACUACGCCGAGGUCAGAGAGUAUGAAUUCAUUCUUUAAUACCUACUCAGAAAGUGGUAAUUUACAUUUGAAUUUCAUGAUGAAUUACGAUACUACUAUUAAAAACCAAAGGAAUACUCAACGAGAGCUUGAUAAGCUUGAAAUAAAAGUUGAAGAGAAAGAAAUAAAUUGUAGUUGUGAACAUUUCAAGCAUAUGGGUGUUUUAUGCAGACAUGCUUUUACAAUAAUUAUGAGAUGUUGUGUUAAAGAAAUUCCUGAAAGGGGUCGUGAGAAUGUGAAGCUAGUCAAUGAUUCAUAUUAUAGUUUUAAAUCAUGUUUGGAUAUUGUAAAAGAUGACAAAAAGAAAUUGGAUUUGUUUGUUGAUAAACAACAGAUGUUGUUGAAGGAACUUGAGAGUGAUUAUACAUGUGGUGGAUUGAAAAGCAAGACGGAUGAUGAAGUUGUGAAGCGACAUAUGUUAAUUCUAAAAAAGAACAUAGAAUAUGAUAAGGAUGUGGACAACGAGUUCCUCACAAUUUACGUACAUGUCCAAUAA